UGCAGUCAAGCCAAAAGGUCGCACCUUAGCAAACUCUCAGUGUGUGAAAGUUUCAGUUUUCUAGUAUAAUUUAAAACUUUUUAAUUAAACUUAUUUUUAUUCCCUUUUCAACCCUUCAAAAUGAGUGACCCUAUAUCAAACUACGAUCCAAAAGUUGCUGCUACUUUGUACGAUACCUUCGGUGACUAUAUGGUGAAACCAACUGUUGUAGGAGAAUGCUCAUGCAGUUAUGCCCUCAACGUUUUUCUAGGAUUGAUGUUAUUCAAUGUGAUGUUAUACUUGUCCUACAUCGUUGGUAAAAAGGAAAUCUUCCAAAAACUUAAAUACCACGGAUAUUAUUAA